AUACAACCAAUCUCUGCUAGUGUGGAAAAACGAAAAGAAAAAGUAGAAAAAAGCAGAUAAAAGAGCACGUUGAUGCGUAGAUGCCGGCCCAAAUAUCCAGUUUUUUGAGCUUUACUAAUGGCAGCACUGGCAAAGCAAUCAGUGCAAAUGCUGGUCAUUGUCAUUGUCAAAUUUGAUAGCUAGCAUCUCUAACAAGAUUUAGAGCUGCUAUCAACAAGAGCCUUCUAUUCUACAUAUAUACUGCAAGUCUAUAUAUAUAAGAACAGCUUCAAGUCAAACAAUGGCUUCUCUUCGUCCAGUGUUGUCUUUCUUUCUUGUCAUCACAUGUAUAUUCUUCUGCUGCCUCGCAUCAUCUCCUUCCAGCGGUGAUGAUACUGUGACACUGUAUGUCUACUACGAAACCCUGUGUCCUUACUGUGCAGAUUUUAUAGUGAAUCGCCUGGUGAAGGUGUUUGAUAAAGGGCUUUUUUCCAUUGUCAAGCUUAGAAUGAUCCCUUGGGGCAAUGCUUUUGUUCAAUCAGAUGGUUCUUUCGUUUGCCAGCAUGGCCCAAACGAAUGCUUUCUAAAUGCCAUUGAAGCCUGUGCUAUAACCAUCUACCCUGAUGUGGAGAGGCAUUUCAGAUUUAUACAUUGCAUGGAAAGUCUUGCCUUAGAGAACAAACUCAAUGAGUGGGUUAAUUGCUUUGAAAUGUCUGCGUUAGGCACGGAAGCCAUUGAUUGCUACACUAGUGGAUAUGGGAACAUGCUUGAACAAAAAUUUGCUGCGGAAACUGCCCAGCUUAGUCCACCACAUAGAUUUGUACCAUGGGUAGUUGUAAAUAAUCAACCUCUUCAAGAGGACUUCGAGAAUUUUGUGAGCUAUGCAUGCAGGGCCUAUACAGGAACACAAGUACCAGAGGCGUGCACGUCACUGCCUGCAGAGACCAAUUCAUUGCUGAAAGAAAAUCACACAAGUCCAGUUUGCUUUGCAGAUAAAACAGGCAACUACACAUCAUCAGCAUCAGCAAUAAAACCCCUAGGGUCAACCCAUGACUAAUGGGCGCAAAGCGUUGAGAUGGAAUCCUUAGUAUCACUAAAAUGGUUGUGUAGUAGUUAGUGCAGUACUGUGCAUAUGAUAAACUGGCUGGUCUUCUCUUGAACUGUUGGGAUGGGACUUAUCACUUACCAGAGUAGAACAUAUUUUAGAGCGCAGACUGUAGAGUGAAGCCAUGUGCUGUUGUAGCAUAAAACAAGUUGUGAUGUUAGAUCUGGUUUUUGUUCUCUCUUUCUCUCGGAAAAUACCAUUUGCCCGCCAUGUUUGAAGGUUUCUAUAUGAUCAAUUGUCUGAGAAAUUAAUCAGACUGAAAAGGUGUUUCUGUUUUUCUUGCAAGCAAUACAAUAGAAUCAAGGUGGGAGUUAAAUGAA